AUGUGCUUGUCGAUCGGGCAGUUUAUUCUGCUGCCUGUUCCUGACCAAGACGUAGCAGAGACAGGACAGAGGUGGUGGCCUUUGGGAACACGAGCCGGAGCUGGAGCUGGAGCUGUCCAGAAACCCCACCAAGAUGGAAGGCACUUCAGCUCCGCCAAACCUCACAGCCUGGUCGCCUUUCGCUGUCCGCACGUGACGCCUCAAUUCACCAGGCCUUCGGCAUCAGGCAGACACAUUCCCAAGAGAUGA